GGGCGCAGAGGCGGCAGCCAAGAUGGCGGCGCGGGUGGCGCAGGGGCAGGCAGCCCGCGGGCGCGCCUAGGCCGCGGGGGCCCCCCCCCCUUCCCCCCCCCCCCCCCAUCCCGGGCGGGCUCCCCGCCGUCGCGGUCCCCCCCCCCCCUCCCCUUCCCCUUCCCCCCUCCCCUUUCCCCCCCCUUCCCCCAGCAGCGCGGCGGCCGGCAGGAUGCUGCCCUCGCAGGAAGCCUCCAAGCUCUACCAUGACAACUACGUGCGGAACUCGCGCGCCAUCGGCGUGCUCUGGGCCAUCUUCACCAUCUGCUUCGCCAUCAUCAACGUGGUGGUCUUCAUCCAACCCUACUGGGUGGGCGACAGCGUCAACACGCCCAAGCCCGGUUACUUUGGGCUGUUCCACUACUGCGUGGGCAGCGGGCUGGCGGGCCGGGAGCUGUCGUGCCGCGGCUCCUUCACCGACUUCAGCACCAUCCCCUCGGGCGCCUUCCAGGCCGCGGCCUUCUUCGUGCUGCUCUCCAUGGUGCUGACGCUGGGCUGCAUCACCUGCUUCGCCCUCUUCUUCUUCUGCAACACCGCCACCGUCUACAAGAUCUGCGCCUGGAUGCAGCUGCUGGCAGCGCUCUGCCUGGUGCUGGGCUGCAUGAUCUUUCCUGACGGCUGGGAUGCAGAGACCAUACGGGACAUGUGCGGGGAGAAGACGGGGAAGUAUUCCCUGGGCGACUGCUCCGUGCGCUGGGCUUACAUCCUGGCCAUCAUCGGCAUCCUCAACGCCCUCAUCCUUUCCUUCCUGGCCUUUGUCCUCGGCAACCGGCAGAACGACCUGCUGCACGAGGAGCUCAAGACAGAGAGCAAAGAUUUUGUCGGCACUGCGAGGAUAUAAGGCCGAGCGCCCGCAGCAGGACCCUCUUCCCACGGCCGGCAGCCCGGGCGCUCCCUCCCUGUCCCCCGCCCUUCGUCUGCUGCCAGCGGCCACGCGGCGUCCCGUGCUGCCCCCCGGGCCCCGCCGCCCACGCCGGGGACGCGCCGGCCACUCACCGCCUCCACAGCCACCUCCAUGUCCACGCCGGUGCCGCCAUCCCACGCACCCCGCCAGCUCCGCAACCCCUGCCGCCCGUGGGCCGCCGCCGGGGGAGGAUGCCCCAAACCCGCUUCGUUCGAGAACAGCGUCCAACUGCGGUUUUGUUUCAAGGAAAAAAACAAUCUCAGAGUUUUUAACAGAUUUCUACAUCCCCAGGACUCCCGACCCGCUGCCUCCCACCUGAACGCGCGCCCAGUGAUGCCCCGUGCCAGCUGCUCCGGGCCCCGGCCCCCUCCCCGCUCCCAUUUUGUACAGCUCCGUCAUCCUGUCUCCACAGCCGGGGGACCCAGCAGCCGGGACGGGGCCCAACCCCUACUUUUACGUGUAAAUUCAUAUUCUCUAAACAGGGUAAAGUGACUCGAGCUCCCUCGCCCCCCACCCCAGGACAUGGUGUUUCCCCGCACGUGGCCCGGGGCCGCAGGCUGCCGCUUGCUCCCCGCCAGCACGGGGACCGCAGGGGCCUCGCUGCUGCCGGCCGCUGGGACACCCGACUCGUGCCGCCGCUGAAUGUAAGCCCUGGUAAGUGGGAGCAGCUGAACAUGCAAAACCCCCCAAGGCAGGUGCAGGAGGACACCCCCCACCCCCCCCCUCCGGCAGCCCCCUCCCCGAGCUGGCCGCGGGCUGUUGCCAAACGCCUUCCCUCCCAUCCCCAUACGGUGCUUUAUCUCCACUGGUGAUGGCAAGGCUCUCCCUGCCACACCGUGGCCAGGGGGGGACCUGGGAACCUCUGUGCCCACCCCGGCAUCCUGGCUGUGGCCCCUGGCCGCACCUCGCUGGCCCGUGGUGAUGGCCCGUGGGGAGCCAGCGGCUGCUGCCCGGGGCAGAGCUUGAGCCCGGCAGCCUCUGAGCACGACCCAGCCUCAACCGUGCACACACACACACCCCCACACACCCCCAGAGCACCCCGAGAGCCGCCACCAACACCCUCCCCGGCACCGGCGGCCACAGCCCGGCUGCGGCUCCGCUGGCCAGACCAGUGUGUGUGGGGGCCCCUGGGGGGGCUCAGGUCGCCGCAGCCCUUGCAAUGCAAUAAAGUCCUCAGCACCGGCCGCGUCUCAGUGCGAGUAGCCGGGGGCUGUUUGCAGGGCCCCGGGCAGGGCAGGGCCCUCAGCUCCCCCCGGGGAAGCGACAGGCCAGGGGCUCGUGGGGGGGCCCUGGCAGGGCCGGACCCGGGCGCGGGGAGCAGAGCGGGAGCACGGCCCUGGGCUGAGGAGCCGCUGGCAACGGGGCAGGGCCACGGCGCGGGGAGGCUGGCAACCGAGGGCUCUGCAGGGACCAUCGCCCAGCCCGGCGAGCCGGGGUGCCCGGGGCUGGCGGGAGCGCAGGUAAGUCGUGCCCCGAGGCCCUGCGGGGCGGCGGCGAGGGACGGAGCUGUGCCAAAACACCGGCUGGAAGCCAAAGUCACCCGGGAUGGCGUAGGUGCCGGUGCUCCUGCCUACAGCCUCGCCAGCCCCGAGCCUGGCCGUGCCCGCGUCCCUCCGGCAGCCACCUCCCUGGAACGGGGCCGGCAGGGAACCCCAUGCCCGGCCCCGGCAGCGCCCGGGUCUUGCCAGCUUGUGAGUGCUGUUGCCGGCUGAAUUGGAAAAAAAAAAAAAAAAAAAAAGAAAAAAAAAAAGAAGAAAAUCAGUGGAGAAAGGAAUACAGUAGCUGUAAUAUAUCUGUAUUUUAGUACAAAGUUUGAUACGGUGUUUCACAAAACCUUAUUGAAAAAUAUAAUUCAAACCAGA